AUGAGAGAAGAGGAGGUUGAUCAUCAUGAAACCAUUACAUCAUUUAUUUUCUUCCUAUUAUUCCAUUUCGGGCUUAUCAUUAUCUCAGUAGUAGCCUGGUACUGCAUCUGGCUAAAGAGAUUCGGCUAUGACAUUUAUCACCCAAAAGGGAGCAGCGAUAGGAACACUCAGUUCAUUGGAAGAAUAGAAUCAAUGCAAGAAGUAGAGCGUCAGAAGAAUUUUAUCAAAUAUUGGAGAUUUGUACUAUCAAAGACAUGGAGCUUAAACGGAGAUUUCUGGAGAGGGAUAAGCCCUGACGCCUACCUUUACUUAGUGUUAUUAAAAUACUUAGGAAGAUUAAGUAUAAUCAUAUUUUUGUUCACCUUCAUUUUUAAUAUAUUUAAUCAUUGGUCAGAGCUCUUCAAAAGUAUCAGAGAGGAAAGUUUAGCACGAGUCUUUUUUGAUAUAUUCUUUGGGAGUAGACUGGACCUAUCAUCUAACGCGUCUGCUUAUCUACAGACGACUUUAUGUUUUAUCGUUACUAUGUGAACUGUUUUAACAGUGCUGAAAUUACGAGCAAAUCUUAAGAGCUUAUUCAAGAGAGUCAUGAGUUAUGAGAGAAGAACGAUUCGGUCAAUCCUCUCAGAUUACAGCACAGAUUGGUUGAACUCACACACCUUAUAUAUCCGUGGUCUUCUCCAGAGCGAUAAGCAUGGAAAGCUCUGAGAGCAGAUCAUUAAUGAUAAAAUUGAGGAGUUCGGAGGAAAACUGUUAAAAGUCGAAUAUGACUUUCAUAAGUCAAGAAGCUACAAUGGCUCAGAGCCCGAGCUAACUGGAGUUCAUGUAGUUGACAGCAAUAGAAAGAUAACUAAAUACAUUGACCGAAGAGAAACGCUGAAUGAGAAGAUAGAACUCAAUGGGUGGAAGGAGCCCUUCUGAAGGAGAUGAAAGCCCAGACGGAAGAGAGAACCUGAGUAUUUGAAGAGGAAGAGGGAUAAAUUGGACCAAAAGUUAUCUAAGAUGAUGAAGAAAUAACUUCAAAUCAAGUUGUCAUGCUUAUGUUGUUUUUGACUCAUACUCAAGCAUGAUGCGAUGCUUGGAGAACUUUAAAGAUUCGACUAUGUUUCAUUGUAAAUAGUAUCUGGCUUGAUUGAAAGAAUUUAUGUAAGAAGAAGCCAGAUGAGAGGAUCCUGAGGUCUAUCUCUUUCAUUGAGGAAGAGAGCCAACUUAUGACUAAAGAGUAUAAGAGAAAUGGGAUAUGACUUAUCGCAUCUCUUCCGACAGAUCCUGUAAAUGUAAUAUGGUUCAAUAGAGGUGGCAAAAGAGGUUUUUAUUUUUUAAGGAAAUACUUAUGGAAUAUCCUAGGUAUCAUACUAAUUUUAUUUGUCUCCACGCCUGCAGUAUUCUUCCAUACACUCAAAAAUAUAGCAGAAGAAAAUCUGAAUUUUAGGUUAUUAGAGUACUUGCCUUUUGUUGAGCACUAUUCUCAGUACAUCCCAACGCUGAUCAUCCUGUUGAUAAAUUUGAUACUUUUGGUGUUAAUUGACAAGGUAGCUCUCAUGGAGAGACACUCAUUUCAUCAUAAUUAUCAAAAAUCUGUGUAUAAUAAAGCAGCGAUAUAUCUACAUCUUAAUAUGGUAUUAUUUCCAUUCCUAAGCUUGCAAGAAAUUCCGAUCUACAAGCUUUUAGUGGCAGGGGAAUCAACAAAGGUACAGUUUAAAGACUUUACGAUGUUGGAUUCAACUCCAUUCUUUGGAAAACUGAUCACUCAAUUAUCCAUUUUUGGGUCAAUUUUCUAUCUCCUUAGGCUUGGAGAUUUGAUAAAUGGAUAUUUAUCUCCAUACUAUUGAACCUACAUCAGAGACAAAUUUAACUCAGAUCAGGGAUGGAGGAGGAACCCAGAGGCUGUGUUCCAAUACGGUUAUUUCUACAGCCAGAUAGUGACAGCUUUCACCAUAAUAGUUCUAUUCUCUUCUACAGCCCCUGUGAUCGCUCUUCUCGGGUCAAUGUUCUACUAUCUCAAGCUUCUGGUGGACUCUCACUUAUUAAUAAGUGUACAUAAGAAAGAGAUGGAUUCAAGUGUGUAUCUUUACAAGCGAGUGAUUACAAUGUUGAUUGUAUCCCUGCUAUUCUACCAAUGAGUCAUAAUCCUCUUUUUCUACUUCAAUGACCAGUUUAUAGCCACAUUUAUAGUGGGCAUCAUUCUGUUCCUCACUUUUAUCUGAAUUUGCAAUAUCUCUAGUGAGAAUUUAGUUCAUUAUGUGCUUAGAGAAUGACAACAAAGAGAGCUUGAAGUGCUACCUAAUGAGAACAGUCCAAUUUUUAGACACAGUGCUCAGGUUUCAAGGAGAACAGAUUUGGUAAGAACCCCACAGCUUGAAAGGAGCAUGAGGCUAACACCAGCUAAUAGGGAAAGAGGAGGUCUGGAAAAUGAGUUUAGUGAAGGAGAUUUUGGCCCAAAUGCAGAGCUAUGGCAAAAAUGGGGCGAACGCCUUAAAAAUCCAGCAUUCCAAUUCUUACCCCAUUUUGAAGAGGAAAAGACCGAGGUAAAUAUCUGAUAAAUUAUUUAUAGAGCUUCUUCGAGGAAACCAAAAUAGUUCUGAACAAUAAUAUCUCCAGUAUUGAUUUAAUCUUGGAGGAGAGAGAUAACUCUUCAUCGUCUAGUUCUAGUAUGGACUAACCUAAAAUUUACCUGGAGAAUUUACUUUUC